AUGAAAGAGCUUCGCCUCCUGGCUCGCCAGAGGACGGCGGUGGCCUCUCUGGCCCAGCUCACCCGACGUCACCAGCAGCGCACGCUGUGGAACACGGCCGCAUCCGUAUCGACGCCUGCUUCGCUCUUCUUGUCCGUCUGGCCUCGGUUAGGGACCAAAUCAGCUCCGAUCGAUAGGCAGCCGAUUAUAUACAGCCCUCCGCACAGCCAGGGCCUGCACACGACUGCCACCGUACUCCUUCGCUCCACGCCAUGUCUGCCCGCCAGCGCCCUCCGCAAGGCCGCCGCCCGCGAAAAGGCUCGCGUCCGCGCCGACUUGACCGCACAACGCAUCUCUAAGCGCCGCGAAAAGGAAGGCCUUCCCGCCACCAAGCCUCCACUCAGGGAGCCCCAGUUCGAGGGCCCCAACGGCGAGCGCCUCACGCUGGCCGAGCAGGAAAAGGUGCUGCGCAGGGAGCUGGCAAGCCUCUCGCGGCAGCUCGAGCAGUUGGAGAAAAAGGAAAAGGCGGACGAGGCGACAAAGGAGCUACCGCCGCUCGACGACCAGACCCUCGAUCAGCUCUACCAGGCUCUCAUGAUGCCACCACCCGCCAGCACCGAGGAUUCGAGACUGGCUCGGCUGGAAAGCGGUCGUAAGGAGCGGGCACUGAUCUCAUCGGGCGUCUCCGUCAUCGAGGACGAGCGACAGCAGGCCAGACUAGAAGCGCAGCAGAUGUUGCGGGAGCGCGUGCUCGACGCUCGCGAUCGCGGCCGAGCGCUUCUGCCGUUGAAGCCCCCGACUUCUUCCCGUCGGAGCCCGGAAGCGGACGAAGAUGACGGGCUCGUCGACCUCUCACGUCUUACUCACGAGGAGCGGCAGGAGGCCAGGCUUCAGCUCCUCUUCGAAAGGCUCACAAAGCUUCGGUCAGUCAACCAACUUCCCGAUGGCAAGCAGCAGUCCCUCCAGGAUAUUAAGUCCGGCCUGGCAUCGAGGAUCGCAAAGAUCCUGGAGGCACACAACUACCUCCUCAAGCCGACCUCUGAUGGCACCAAGGAGCGCUCAGAGACGAGCGCAUCCACCGGCGGAGACCAGGAACUCUCCCGGAUACCCGAAUUCGACAGCAUCCCGCUCGAUCGCAGCAUCGCCACGGACCCGGCGGAGGGCACCUCUUCGGCCGCUACGCAGAGCGAAGCUGUCGCUGAGCCGCAGUACAUCUCCGCUGCCAACGAGAUCCUGCAGGACAUCUCGUCCGCCAAGAGCCGUGGCCUGAUGCUCGACCGGAUCGAGCGACUCCUCGAGCAGCCCGCCAACAUGUCGGCGGACACCGCUGCAUCAUCAACCAGCGACGAGCCCGCACCGUCGGGCCUGCCUCUCGGCGUCGCCAGCAUCGACGAGUGGACGGCGCUGUCGGUCGCAUCCGCCCGCUACGGAGACGACCAAGGGCUCGCCCGCACACUCAAGCUGAUGCGAAGGGCAGGCUACUUCCCGCCGCCUCUCAGCCUCUUGAAUCAGGUCAUGGACGUCUACGCCUCCCGCGGCGAGAUCCAGCGCUGUCAGGACACCCUCUCGCUCAUCGACAAGCUGGGUCUGCGCCCCGACAGACACACGUUCCACUGCCUCACAAAGGCUUACCUCGCCGACGGGCAGUACGUGCAGGCGGUCAAGAUCCUCAACAGCCUCGAGGGCGGCAGCGGCGGUCUGCCGCCCGCGGCCAUCGCGACCUACACGAUGGCCAUCGAUCGCAUGGUCGGGGAUCCGCGCGAAGAGAUCCAGGCGCUCGGCUGGAACCUCUUCUACCACAUGCGGCUCGUGGCCCACCCCAUCCCCGACGCGCCGCUCUACGCCCUCAUGAUCCGCGCCUGCGCAAAGGGAAGCAUCCAGCCGCAGGACGUCGAUGACCCGCUGCGCACGCCAGUCGGCGCCGGCGGCGUGAUGCCGUCGCGGCGCUCCGACGCCGAGCGGGCGCUCGACCUGUUCCGCGAGAUGACGACGCGCUACGUGGUCCGCCCCAACGCCGAGGUCUACAACAACCUGAUCCUCGCUUGCGCCCGGCGCAAGGACUUCUACCUCGAGGCCUUCCGGCUGCUGCGCGAGAUGGUCGAGCUCGAGACGGAGCGGGUCAAGAUGCUCUCGGGCCAAGCCGACGCCGAUGCAAAGGAGCGCGAGGGGCUCGAGUCGGCCUACCUCCGCUUCGCGCCGGACCGCUACACGUUCAACGCGCUGCUCCAGGGCUGCGCGAGGAACAAGGACCUGCCGCGUGCGCGCUGGGUGCUCGCAGAAAUGAUCCGGUCGACGUCGCCGCUGUUUGAAGAAGACGGCCGCGGCCUGCACGGUUUGACAAAGGCGCAGAGGUUGGAGAUGAUGGCCCAGCGGCCCAACGCCGAGACCCUCACCCACGUCUUUUGGGCCUAUGCCUCGUUCGUUCCGCCCGUCAAGAGGGGCCAGAUGGUGUCCAAGACGCAGCAGCAGCCCGGCGCCGUCGGUGAAGGCGCCUCCAAGCAGGUCGAGGAGGAGGAGGACGACGCCGCCAAGCCGACCGCCGCAGAGGCGGACACGUCCGUCGCUGCCAAGCAAGGACCGGCAUCCGCUACGUCCGAGGCGGCGGGAUCCACUUCGCUCGCCACGGCGGCGCCACCAGCAGAGGAAGCGCUGACGGCCACCGAGGCGGCGCAAGUCUUUUCGCACCUCGUCCCGCAGACGGCCUACGACCUCAUCACGGAAGCGCGCGCCCUGAUGGCACGCAUCCUGGCCGACCAGCCGCGCACCGUCGACGGGCGGCAGGUCGAAGGGUCGCUGGGAUCCGUCACGCCCUCUGUCGCGCUGCUCAACGCGUACCUCGCCGUGCUGGGCCACCAUCUCCCCUCUGCCUCGCGCGUCGAGACGAUGUGGCACCACGUCCGCCCAGGGCAAGACGGGGUUGACCCGGGCCUCUUUGCGCAGCUCGGCCUGACGCCCAACGCCAACACGCUGCUGCUGGUGCUGGAGACGGCGACGCGGCAAAAGCCGAGCGACGCAGCCGACGCCAUCGUCGAACAGGUCUGGGCCAUGUUCCGGUCGCUCGAGUCGCAGCCGGGCGAGCUGGACCCGCGGGUCGUGGAAAAGUGCUGGGCGCAGCGCAUCCGCUACUCGGCCAAGGCCAACCGGCUCGACGAGGCCGUCGAGGUGUUGAAGGAGUUUGCGCGCAUCUACCCGCCGCAGGGCUCGUACCUUGCUCCUCACAACCGCAACCGCACCUCCUCGCCCUCGGCCGCCCGUGCCGGCGCUGGCGUCAAGCUGUUGAAAACCUCGAGGGAGGUCGAGAGGAGAUCAAAAGAUCCCUCGCGCACCACCACGCCGGCCAAGUUGGCAGGCGAGUUGGACCUUUCGCCCAUGCCCGUCGCCCAAAAGACGCUCGAGACGUUGGCAACCGACUUUGCCGCCGCCAAUGGCCGUCACUCCCCUGACCCGGCACGGACGUCGACAACGACGACGACGAGCGAGACGCCACCGCCGUUCUUGACGUUUGUCGACCUCGAGCUCCUGCACCACCGCCUGGUCCACUUUGACCACAAGAAGGGUCUCGCCUACCUCGGCUGGGUCGCCCGUGCCUACGAGGCGGGCGGAAGGCCUCGUGAUGAUAGAAAGUGA